GAACCGAGCCACAUCCACAGCAAAGUCCGAGCUCUUCCGAGUCACUGAAUCCAUUCCAACUCUCAUCUCCUCCAUUGUUUGGGAAAUACUUUUAGAUGGUUUCAUCAAUGAAGCAGUACAGAGAUCAGGCCGAUGCGCCCUCGCCCCUCUCCCUCUCUCUGUCCCUGGGAGUCGUCGCCGACAGCAGCAAGAAGAUGCACCGCGGCGGCGCGGACGGUGAGUUCGUGUGCAAGACGUGCAGCCGCUCCUUCCCGUCGUUCCAGGCUCUGGGAGGACACCGGACCAGCCACCUCCGUGGCCGCCACUGCCUCGCGCUCGGCCUCGCUGCAGGGUCCGAUCAGCUGGGGACCAAGAAGACGGUGGACCAGAAGCAGGCGCACCGGUGCCACGUCUGCGGGAUCGAGUUCGAGAUGGGGCAGACGCUUGGCGGCCACAUGCGCCGGCACCGCGAGCAGGAGGCCGGCACCACGGCGCAGGCGCCGCCCGUUCUGCUCCAGCUCUUCCUCUAGCUGUCGUUCAAUUGGCUUCUCUCUAGUUUUUUUUUUUUUUGAGAGUUGGCUUCUCUCUAGUUGGUUCUAUAUAGGUAGGCAUUCAGUGCAGAUUUGCUGGUCACCUGUGUGCGCGAUUGGAUUUGUACAUUUGCUGCACACUAGUACGUGUUGACCGUUGGUUCAUUCUCUCGUUUUUAUGAUUAUGUACAUAUUUAGGACUUUGUUCGUUCGUUGA